AGCAGACUGCAGCGUCACUGUGAUGUGGCCGUGGCAUCCGCUGAGAUGUUCAAGAACUUGCUGAACAAAGUUGGAUUGGGAGAGCUUCCAAGCAGUUUUGGUUACACCGUUGGCGACAAGGUGGAACUUCCAUUUUCCUGGAACUGGGAGCUUCACAAAGGUCAAAAGAAAAGCGAUGGCAGCGCCGUGUCUGUUUUCAUGUGUCCAAAGAAGGACAUGGAUCCAGCCAAGAUUGCGGCUGCAAAGAAUGCAGAUCAAGUCUCAAAAACUUUGAGGCAUCCCAAUGUUCUGCAAUCCUUCACCACCUUGGAGACCGAAGGCGGUUUCUACAUUGUUACCGAGGAGGUCGUUCCAUUGCCCUGUGCGAAACCUGCUGAGGGCGAUGAGCGCACGCCGGCGGUGUGGGGGUUGUAUCAGGUGCUGGAUGGACUGAGUUUCUUGCAUUCCAGCGGCUUCACCCAUGGCCUAUUUGGGCCGUUGGCAGUCUUUGUCAACUCACAAGGAGACUACAGGCUCGGAAGUUUUGAGCUGUGCCAGAAGGGAAUGGAUACAGGCACCGCAAUUGCCUCGCGGCGCCGGGUUGGGCCAACAUUUUCAGGGUGGCCAGAGCCUCCAGCAGCGUUGCAGGAGGGUGGCAUCCCUUCCAUAGGCAUUGACAUGUGGGGUGCUGCAGUGCUAAUAGCAUAUGUCUUCGCCUCGGCCAGUGCUGGAUCCUACGGUAUGGAGAUGGAGUUUGACUUGGCCAGGGCGCAGAAGGACAUUCCUAGUGAGUUGCGAAAGUCCUUUCAAGAGCUUCAGAAUCCAAAGCCGCUCAGAGGGCGAAGUCCCAUUGCAGAGACGAUUGCCUUGCCCUUCUUCCAAAAGAAUGCGGCGGUUGAGGUUUUUUCAUUCCUGGCCAACUUGCAGCUGAAGUCCCCUGAAGAGAAAGAGACCUGGUUCGAAGGACUGCCACAGCUGCUGGAGGGUCUGUCGGCGGUCGUGAAGAAGCGCCAGGUCCUACCUGAGCUGCUCACAGCUCAGCGUUUUCCUGGACAGGAGGCAGCGCAUUUGCUGCCAUCCAUCCUGAAGAUUGGGGUCACACUGAAGGAAGAGGAGUUUCGAGAAAAGGUGGCACCAUUGGUGGUGAAGCUCUUUGCAUCUCCGGAUCGAGCCGUGCGCUUCCGCCUGCUGACGUCCUUAGGAGACAUGAUCGAAUUCCUAGAUGAUGCCAUGCUCAAUGACAAGAUCUUCCCGGAAUGUGUGAAUGGCUUCACGGACUCCAAUGCACCGAUCCGGGAGGCCACUGUGAAGUCCAUGAUCUUCUUCGUGUCCCGCUUGAAACCAAAGAUUGUUGAGAGUCGAGUGCUGAAGCUUCUCAUCAAAAUGAUGCAGGAUCCAGAGGCCUCGAUCCGAACCAAUGCCUUGAUUUGCGUGGGCCGUGUGUCUACACAAUUGCCAAAAGCCUCGAUCACUCCAACCUUGAUGACUGUCAUCGGCAUGGGCUUGAAGGAUCCCUUCAGCCCAUGUAGAUGUGCUGCCUUGCAGACGCUUUCUGCAACUUCCAACAGUUUCAGUGCUGAGGACCUCGCAGGCAAGCUUCUACCCGGAGUUUGUCAUCGCUUGAUUGAUCCAGAUCCAGCUGUGGGAGAUAUGGCAUUCACCACUCUCGGCAAGCUGCAGGAGAUCGUAAGGCUGGCACAGCUGGCCAUCAGGCAGAAGGUCAUUGAGCGACGUCAGGCUUCAACUGAGGUCUCCACAGAGAUGCCCAAGGUACAGGAGGAGACCUCCAGCUGGGCACAAGGAGGCAGCUUCUACAAUCCUCUUUCUGCAGGAAUGGACUUUGGCUUCAAGGUCCGGCAAAAGUUUAUGGGUGUGGCAGGUUCCAUGAACCAAGGAUCCGCACCAAGCCCGCCUGAAACUCGGGACGUUGGUCACCGUUGGUCCUGUGAAGCGGCCGCAUCAGUGGUUCUCCUCUCCCUGGUGGCUCUGCCUCAGGUCGCCUGGAGCUUUAGUCUCCGAGGUCCUCCAAAGACUGGAAUGCGUUUGGAAUCUUCCAGCGCUCCUUGGCCCCAUUUAGAUCAUUGA